AAUGGACACACUUAGAUUGAGUGCACCUCAAAUCGAUUUCGAGUAUAAUAAAUUAGAUAAUAUGCAUUCUUCAAUCACUUUAUAUAAUGAUACUCAACAUCCCAUUGCAUAUAAGGUAUUUCUAAUUAUUAAAUUCUAAUCUUAAGUUUAAGGCUACUAAUCUUAAUAUAUUCUUGGUCAGACCACCAUUGGGAGUAGUUUAGUAAAAAUAGUGUUAAAUAGUCAAUAUUACACUUCAUAGUAAAGUCCUUGAAAAUAAUUCAAUUAAGGAUUUUAAUGAAAAAUUGUAAUUGAUUACAACCAUAGUACCUUAAGAAGUUUAAGAUGCUGGACCUAUAUUUUUAGAUAAAAUGAGAAGAUUUGAAAAUAGAAAAAUUAAUAUUGCCAUUCUUACUAAGGAUAGAAAAAUAGUAGCUUAAAGUUCAGGAAAUUCAAAUCAAAUGUUUUAAUCAGUUAAUAAAUAAUUUGGAUAAGUGGAACCUACACGUGUUAUUGCUAUUCCAACUGCUGAUAAGGCUAAAAUUGAAGCAGAAUACUUUUGCAAUAAAUUUGAAGUAUUAUAAUAAGAGGUCACAAAGAAAGAAAAAGAAUUAGUAAUUAUAAUUUUUUUAAUUCGAUAGCAAGAUGUUUAAUAAUAUAAUAAUAGUUUAAUUGAAAAAGAAGCAAUCAAACCUAAAUCUGGAAAAUUGGAUAAACUAAUUUUCCUAUUAUCCUUAAUUGUGUCUUUUUUCUUGAGUUUACAUUACCAAAAUCAAAUUUUAUAAGUAAUCAAUUUAUGA